AUGAUGCGGUUGUUGAGUUUUGCUUUUGCGUUGGCGGUAGUUGGGAAUGUCGCCGGAGGAGAUAUCGAGAAAUUGGUCAGCGGAUUUGAGGGUGAGUAUUAUUCAGGACAUUUUCUUUGACAAGAGAUGUAAAGAAAAACGCUUAUUUUCAUGUUGUAAAACAAGCUAACGAAGAUCCAGCCAUAAGAAAAAAUUUCGGUUUUUAUGAACCGUUUGAGAAUUUGAAGUCUUUAUUAAAUCUGAUUUUCUUUGCAAACACCCCUUUGUUUUCAGCCGCCCAACGACGACUUCUUCCUGAAAUCACAAUCGGCCUCACGAGAAAUGAAGCCAGCUUAGUCCGGGUCCUUGUCCUAAACCGGGUCCGCUCUUCAACCGGUCAAAUGAGAGAAGCCUUGGCCAACAAGAAUGUACAAAAGGCCUAUGUCAAGCUCCUCAAAGCUUCGUUGAAAAAAGCCAACGCUGAGCCACAUUUGACGUCAUAUUUAGUCGAGGUAUGUGGCAUUUAUUAAUUACUGUUUUACAGAUCUCUGUUGCUCUGCAUGAAUUUGAGAUAGAGAAGUUCUACUGACGGUUACUUUCCAGGUUGUGAAGCAGCAAGAAGCUCUUCGAGAGCUCGGCGAGAGAAGCCCAAGAGCUUUGAAGGCCUACUGGGCGGUCGUUGAAAAGUUUGACCAGCUGAGUCCAGCAACCAAGAGAAAGAUCGCUUGGGUUGAUCCAUCUGCCGGAAGACUUUUUGGGGGUAGGUUUUGAUUCAACUCCAUUGUCCUACUUUGUCAAUUUUUGUCAACCGAAAAGAGACUACUGUUGUCUUACAUUUUAUUGUUCUUCCAUUAUCCGUCUAAACUUUCAGACAAGCAACUCCGCGCGUUGGCUGAAGCCUCGGCUGCCUCCGGAAUUCACAAAUCCAGCGAGUCAUCUGAAUCCAACAGCUCUAGCGAGUCAAACGAGAAGAUCAUUAUCGAAAAGACUGAAAAAGUCGCGUCUCCAGAAGCCGUAGAAACUCCAGAAGAUGCAUCGGGAGUCCCAGCCCCACUUUCUAAAGCCACUCCGGUGUCUAAAGAAGCCGUUCAAGAAGAAGAAGGGUUUGAACAACUUGAGCGAAUCCCGCACGGUGCUGAGUUCCAACCGAAGAAAAAGGCCACCAAUCUGCCAACGCAUUCUAUUAACUUUGGUGUGGUCGAAAGCAAAUCGCAAGAAUUGCCUGAGGGAAUUCCAAUUCUGAAGCCUGACAUAACCCUUGAGGAGAUGAAGAAGUUGGCGGCACAAAGUUUGGGAUUCAGAAGAUUCCGUCAUUAUUAA